UUUUUACGCGGGGGGGAGACCGGUAUUACACCGGAAAAGUUGGAGAGUCUUGGCGCUCGGAGUACAGCGCUACCACCGUUAAAACCGCACUCCGAUACCCGAGAGAACCUUAUAAGUCGGUUGAAAGCAUUAGAAUGUGUUCCGGUUCAGCGCUGGUUCUGCUCUGUGUAUUUUUGACCGUGAACGCAGAAGUCCACUCGCUGUUCUACAUCUACACGGCCUUCACCCGGCCCGUCGGCCUGCCCGGCAUCCCCGAGUUCUCAGCCAUGGGCCUGCUGGACGGCCGGCCCAUCGACUACUUCGACAGCGACACUCAGGUGAAGGUGCCGAGGGAGGACUGGAUGAGGGAGCGUCUGGACAAGGAAUACUGGGACAAGGGCACCAGCUCCCGGCGGACCAAACAGCAGUGGUUCAAGGACAACCUCAAAAUCGUCACCGAGCGCCUGGGGAAGAACGACACAGUUAACCACUAUCUCCAGUGGAGACAUGGAUGUGAGGUAAACACUGAAGGCCCUGAGAGGAAGAUCAGCGGGAUUGACCAGUACAGCUAUGAUGGAGAGGACUUCCUGUCCUUCGACAGCCAUCACAAGCAGUGGGUCGCCCCCAUGAACGAAGCCAUUCUGACCAAGGACAAGUGGGACCGCAUCCAGCAGCUCAACGACGACAUCGACCGCUACCUUCACGACGAGUGUGUCCAGUGGCUGGAAACCUUCCUCAAAUACAGGAAGGAGGCCAAUAUUAAGGCCUUGCGACCGGAAGUUUACAUAUCCGCCAGGCCAUUCAAGAACAACCUGAAGCUCAGCUGCCUGGCCACAGGCUUCCAACCCAAGGAGAUCACUAUGAAGUUCAAGAGGGACGGCCAUUUGGUGGACUUCGACGAUGGUCUGCAGUCCACGGGGGUCCGUCCUAACGGGGACGGGACCCACCAGAUCAAGAAGUGGGUGAUGAUUCCUGGGGGCGACACAGCCAACUACACCUGUGAAGUCAACCACACUGCGAGCAACAUCCAUGUGGUCGAAGAGUGGGAUCACCACGUGGAGGCUGAGGGACCCCCCACUGGACUCAUUGCCGGGGCUGCUGUUGGUGGACUGGUGGUGGUGGGGGUCAUUAUCACUGGUGUGGUGAUUAUCCUAGGACACAAGCGGAAAGAAAAGAGGACACAAGCGGAAAGAGUUGUCCCGAUCCUGCCCCUGCACAUGGAAGACAAGGCCCUACUCACAGUUGAAACCGUGCGGGAGCUUCCAGGAAACAAUGGAGAAAAGAAGAAGCUCCUCAAAGGUUCCAGCUCUGAAGCCGUCUCUGAAGCCGGCUCUGAAGCCGGCUCUGAAGCCAGCUCUGGUAUCAGCUCUGGUUCCGGCGAUGGUUCCCACUUUGGUUCCAUCGAUGGUUCCUGCUCUGGUUCCAGCUCUGGUAUGAGCUCUGGUUCUAGCUCCAGUCUGGACCAUCCCCCUGAUCUAACUCAGGUCUGAGUCCCGAUCACCACCUCCUGGGGCGUCUUGCUACAUUCAAGACUUCCACUCCUGAUUGCUUGGUUUCUUCUACGCUUCAAGAGAACAACUGUCUCUUGCUUUACGGACGACAGCAGAUAAAUCAUAUUAUAAGAUGAGAUACGCUUGGUGCUGAAUGUAUAGCUCGUGUGUCUGGACCAGACACACGAGCUGGGGUAGCUCGCUAGCUAUGGAUCGUUGGCUAACUUUGAGGCUCUUGCUUAAGAUGGGGAAUUUAGAUGAUGAUGAUGAUGAUGAUGAUGAUGAUGAUGUUGGGACAUUUUUAAACUAGUCAGUAGUAGGAAGGGUUUGUGUCCACAUGACUUGCGGGUUUGGGUCAAAUAAUCUCCACUUUGAUCCUUUUGUGACUUAUUUGGUUUGGUUAUUUAUAUUAGUAAAGGUAAUUAAAUGAAAAGGAAUACUAAUCAUUUAUUAUUUAUGAUAUCUUUCUUGGCUUGGUUUAAGAAUAUAUUGAAAUUCUUGAUUUGAUAGAAAUGUUUACACUGGAUUUUAAUAAACAUAAAUAUAG